ACGGGAGCUAUGUGUGCACUGAUUGGUUGCUGCGGAGAAGGACGUAGCACCGACCACGAGGACGCUCUGUGCUUGCGUGCGUGGUGACGUAGUAUGAAGCAGGCUGGAUAUAACGUGCAGUGCCUCGCGUGCUCUCUCAAUGGAGCAGUAGAGAUGAAGAGAGUUGGCGCUAAGAGUUAAAUUUACGACCUUUUGAGUCGGUCGAUUUGUUGGGUUUUUACUCUCUUUACUUAUCGUAAACGCGCUUUUGACUGUUUCUUCAGCGGACGUUUAACAGGACUGUCGAGAAGAGACGGAAAGAUGAAAUACAUUAUAGGAAUUGGCGGGGUCACUAAUAGUGGCAAAACCACCCUGACGAAGAGGUUGAUCAAGACUCUGCCCAACUGCUGUGUUGUGCACCAAGAUGACUUUUUCAAGAAACCCGAUCAGAUAGAAGUCGGGGAGGACGGCUUUAGACAAUGGGAUGUCAUCACAGCUAUGGAUAUGGAGGCCAUGACCAACACGGUCAAAGGCUGGAUUGAGAACCCAGUGAAGUUUGCUCGUUCCCACGGAGUCUCUCUGUCUUCUGCAUCUGACGUGGCCAACGCAGACGAGCAGACCCACAUUCUCAUCGUGGAGGGCUUCCUGCUCUUCAACUACCUGCCUCUGCAGGACGUUUUCGACAUGAGCUAUUGCAUCACGAUUCCCUACGAGGAGUGCAAGAGAAGGAGAAGUACACGGCAGUAUACCGUCCCCGAUCCCCCCGGCCUGUUUGAUGGCCACGUGUGGCCGAUGUACCUGAAGCACAGGAGCGAGAUGGAGAGCAGCGGCUUGAAUAUCCAGUGCCUGGAUGGUUUGAAGUCCAAAGAGGAGAUCUACAACCAGGUGUACGCGGAGAUUCAGAACAAUCUGCUCAAUCGUUUAUAGCAGGAAGACUCCACUGAUCCCUGUACAGAGCUUGUAAAUACUCCUGUGGAUUCUUUGAUGAUGUUUUUUCUCAUUUUAUUCAUUGUUUAUGAAUGAAACCAUGCAAAGGUAACUUAUAUUUUUUUAUCAUCCUCAGAUGGUUGUGUUUAUUUAAAUAACUUUUUGUUAUUAUUGAACCAAAACAUUACUAUGUUACACUACUGACUUUUACUGGACCAUUUGUCAAACUCCUACUCCUACAAUAAAUGCAUUACUUGCAGUUUUUAAAGAACUUUCAAGAAUCUAUUUUCUUUAGACUUGCAAUAUUUGUUUUUUCUCUUUUUAUUAAAGCUACUCUCUGCCGUUAAAUAAAAAAAAUGUCACGAUUUGAUGCACUGCAUAAGGCUUUAGCUUUAGCCAAUUUGCAUCAUAGUCCUUUGACAGGUUAUAACAAUUACAAACUACAUGGCAGAAUACAUAAUAAAAAGAUACAAGUGGUGACCAGAACACGAUACAUAGCAGCACAGUAAAAAUAACUGGUAAAAACCGUAAUUGCUUUAAUGACUUGAGCAGCUUUUAACAGAUUUUUAAAAAAGCGUUAGUGCUGCAGCGCUUCAUGUCAGGUGGUCACUGAUUUGGCUUCAGAGAGAUUUGCCAAAUUUAAUGGUGUAACUAACUGACAUUAGCCCAUUUAUUUAUAUCAAAUAAAAACAACAUAUUGUAGAAACAAACUAUUGGUGGUUUUCACGGUUUCAUCUUGUGUUUUUUUUAU